UAAUGUUCAGCGUCACUGUGUUUCCGGGGAGAAGCUAAAGAGGGGCACACUGAAGUCUGUAUUGUCAAAUACGGUCGCAUGUGAGGUAAUCGGUGAUGAUGAUGGACACUCUGGAGGACACCUUUAGGACUCUCUCCAUUGCCAGGAGGCUACAGCCCAGUGAUGCCACGUACAUUUUGGAGCUCUCCUGUGCCAGCAGUGGGUCAGAUGUGCUGGCUGUGUGCUGCUCCAAUCACUCUGUGCACCUGCACAGCAGAGAGACGCUCCGCCUGGUGGGUGACUUCCAGGGUCACACAGCUCCUGUGUGUGGGGUGCGUUUCUCUCAUCUCUCCCCUCACCUGCUGUUCACCGGCUCUGCUGAUGGGACACUGCGGUGCUGGGACGUCCGGCGGCCUGGUUCUGAUGCCACCCAGGUGUUCCACAGUGAUUCGACACAUUCGUACUGCUCGUUUGAUGUGAGCUGUAGUGAUCGUGUGCUGUGCGCAGGCACAGAGCAGGUGGGGGAGGACAGUUUUUUGGUAUUCUGGGAUGCCCGUAUGGUUCAGGGUGGUGGUGAGAUGGGUGGUCUGCUGGGCGUUUACUCAGAGUCCCACAGUGAUGACAUCACUACAGUGAAGUUCCACCCCCAGCAGGCAGAUCGUUUGGCUUCUGGAGCCACAGAUGGGCUUGUGAACGUGUUCGAUCUGAGUCUGGGUGGAGAGGAUGAUGCUCUUGUGACCACCUGUAACUGCAAUUCCUCUGCCAGCUCUCUCUGCUGGACAGGCAAAGAUCUUGACCAGUUGUUUUGUCUGACUCAUGAUGAAGGGCUCCACCUGUGGGAUGUGGCUCGCCCAGACAGUGAUGACACUCUGACCCUUCUGAGCUCGGCAGAUGCUCGAACACUUGUCCAGCUCCCUGAUGGAGCGUCGCUUGAGUACUUUGUGGGCGGUACAUGGCUGUCAGAUGAGGAGCGUAUUCUGUUAGUGGGAGGGAGUAAUCAUGGAGAGCUCCACCUCCUGGACUGCAGUGGGCGUGGUCUGAGGUUCAUUAAAUCCCUCAGAGGGGGUCAUUCAGCUACAGUGAGGUGCUUCCAGUGGGAUGCGAUCAGUCAGUCUCUGUUGACGGGUGGAGAAGAUGGCCAGUUGUUGCAGUGGAAAGCAGGAGCAGAGGAAAUCAGUGUGGGAAAGAAAGAUUCUCUGAAAAGCAUCUCCUCCAUGCAGCUCAAAACUAAAGCUCACAGAAAACAAGCUGUACAGAAAGACCGCUCAAAACUAGCAUGAUCACAUGCACAGGACAAACUCAGAUUUCACUAAGAGACAGUUGACACUGAAACAAAUUGGUUAUGUGACAGAAGUCUCAGAGAA